AUGGGUGCCGCUGGGGGCCGAGCCACACCACCACACCGACCUAACGCCUCAUUCCAUGGGGUGAUGAUCCCUGGGAGGAAGCUUAUGCGAGUCCUGAAUCACCAGGAUCAGCCACAUCAUGUUGAUCUGCGGGGAAAAGGUCUCGAAGAAAUCAAGGGUCUUCAGAAGACUCCGAUGAUUCUAUCACCGUACGAGUCCAAAGUUUUCGCGCUGGCGUUCCCUCACUCGUUCAGUAAACCGUCUGGUCCCAAACCGCUAGUAGUCGUCUUGACAGUGUCGAAAGCUUCUACGCAAGACUGGGUCAGUAUUCGUGAAGAGCUUGUGCAGAUAUUGGAUAUUUAUCACCUCAAAUAUAUUGGUGUUGAGAUACUUCGAGGGGAAAAGGUAUUCGGGACCGCCAAUAACUAUGAUAGAAUGCUCCUCACUGAUGACGCGUUCACAAAGGGGAUGUCAGUGGGCCGCAGUAUCGGACCAAGGGGCUCGCAAAAUCACGCGUCCACAUUUGGGGGCUUUAUCAGACUCCAAAAUCUAAAGGGGAAUUGGCAUACUUUUGGUCUUACGUGUUUCCAUUCGGUCGCUCCGGACGGCUGUGGCCAACUGGCCUUGAAGACUUGGCAGCGCGAGGGAAUCACCGUUGGUGAUAAGACUAAUGACUUAGAGAUAGAUUCACCGAGCCUGGGGGAUGCUGAAGAGACGGCAAGAGAAUGGAGAAACAGCAUUGACGCCAGACGAGAUAAUGAUGCGCGCCUUGGGAAGGUAUAUGCCGCGUCUGGCUAUCGACAGAGCAAUUCCAGGGCUGUUGACUGGGCGUUAAUUGAGGUCGAUGAGUCAAGGAUUACUAGCAAUAAGUUCCCCAAAGCAGGUGGCGAUCUUCCCCCGAAGUAUGUUAUAUCCUUCCUCGCAAUGGGCGAAAAUGUGCCAGGAGUUGCCUCGAUUGAUCCGGACAUGGAAGUUUUUAAAAAUUGGACGCUCGACUGGGUUUACUGCUGGAAGACUUGCGGGGGAUUGAUAGCUCAACCUUGCAUUCUCGGGUACAGGACGAAAUGGGGGCUUGGGCGGAAGAAGUUGAAUCAAAGGCUUAUACUAUCUUUACCAACAAAAAGUUCAAUUCUGAGUUUGGAACACGGGAGAUUGUGGUUCAUUUGUGCUGGAUUCGCAUGGAACUUUGCUGGGUUGUACUUUGGCGGUACCACGGAUUUGCGCGGGGUGGGAUUUUUCACAAGCGCAGAUGAUCUGAUCACGGACAUCAAGAGGGUUACUGAAGCGAAAGAUGUUCGGUUUGAUGUCUAG